AUGGUAGCACCGAAAUGGAAGCGUCUGGUACGGUUCAUCGCCGAGGAUGACUGGAGGGAGUACAUCGGUGAACCAGUCGAUGAGACCGUUGAUGUCGGAGCGGCCCUCGCGGCGUCAACUCCCGUCCCUGUCCGUGUCUUCUCCGGCACAUCAGCACUCGACGCCUCUGCGGAGCCAACGCAAAAAGUCCUCAACAUCCAGAAGCUCCUGCCUCCUCUGACACGGAAAGAGAUCGGCACCAUCCGCUGCAUCGGCCUCAACUACCGCAAGCAUGCAAAGGAGAUGAACCUUGAGCUCCCUGAGCACCCUACUCUUUUCUUCAAGCCCGCAAGCUGUUUGAACGCAUCAAAUGCCCCGCUGGUAAUUCCUCACCAGGCAACCGAUGCCCAAGCAGACUAUGAAGCAGAGCUCGCUGUGGUGAUUGGCCGUGACGCCAGGAAUGUCUCUGUUGAGGAUGCCAUGGACUACGUUCUGGGUUAUAUGUGCUCAAACGACGUGACCGGAAGGAAACACCAGUUCGCCGGCGCGCAGUGGGGCUUCGGCAAGGGCUUCGACGGCUUUGCGCCGAUGGGCCCGUGUCUUGUCAGCACGAGCAGCAUCCCGGACCCGUCCGUCAUUGAACUGAAGACGGUUCUCAAUGGCGAAGUCAUGCAAGAGGGUAGGGGCGACGACAUGAUUUUCUCAAUUGCCGAGAUCGUGGCAUACCUGUCGCAGGGUACUACGUUGGAAGCUGGAACGGUGAUCAUGACGGGAACACCUCACGGCAUUGGUGUGAGCAGGACUCCGCCUGUGUUUCUGGCACCCGGCGAUGACCUCCGAAUUGUCAUGAGCCAUGGUCUUGGAAGUCUUGUCAACAAGGUCGUGUACGAGGAGAAGUCGCAAAAGGCAUUGAAUGGUGUGAAUGGAGUCAAGGCAGUCAAUGGGGUCAAUGGUGUUACUGAGGUUAAGGUCAACGGAAUACACUGA